AUGAUAUCAAACAUGUCUUUUACUACUCUUCAUGGCUGGAGAGAACGUCCUCCUUAUUCCCAUUCACUCAAAAUCCAAAACUUCUCUCAACUCGAGAAAUCAACUCUCUCCUCCAAUGGGAAGUAUGAAUCUCGUAUUUUCUCCUCUGGUGGAUACAACUGGAGGAUGGUCAUAUACCCAAAAGGGAACGACAAUGAUUUGGGUAUUGGGUUUAUAUCAAUGUAUGUGGAAAUAGAUACCACAAGCCUCUCGUCUAGGCAACCGAGUGAGGUGUUUGCAGAUCUCAGGUUUUUCAUUUAUAACAAAAAAGAAAACAAGUACUUUACUAUUCAAGAUGUAGAAUCGAAGUCGUUCAAUGCGUUAAGAAGGGUGUGGGGAUUUCCCCAAGUUCUUUCGCUUGAUACAUUCAGUGACCCUAUAAACGGAUAUAUCUUUAGGGAUGAAUGCGAAUUUGGUGUUGAUGUCAUUGUUGCUCCAACCCCUACCAAUUGGGAAGUCCUCUCUUUUGAUGACAAACUCUCUUAUCCCAAGUCCUCUUGGACUCUUAAGAAUUUCUCUGAGCUGAAAGAGAAUAAUUACAAAUCAAGCAGUUUUUCAAUGGGAGGAAGGACAUGGAAUCUACUGCUAAAUCCCAAGGGCGACAUUACGUAUUGGUACAAAUCAAAGUUAGGUCGGGGGUAUGGUCGAUUUGUGUCUGUGGCUGAACUUCCAAAGGCUUACUUGGACAAGGAGAGCAGUUUGAAUGUAGAGAUCGAAUUUGACGUCGUUUCUGAAACCAAAUACUCUCUCCCAUGA